CUCUCUCAGCAACAGAAAUGAGAGGGUGAGAGAAAGAGAGAGAGAGAGGGGGGAAACAGCUAUCGUUUGCCCAGACUUGUGGAGAGACAAGAGUGAGAGAGUAAGUGAAAGAGAGGGAGGUAGAGAGAGAAUUAGAGAGAGAGUGACUGACAGCAGGGGUGAGGAGCAGAUGAGAGGAGAGUUCACAAACUAUUGCAAAGCGUUGGAACAACCACCAGACCUCCAGUUCAAACAUGUCAGGACAGCAGCACUGGACGCUUCUGGCCGUCAUGGCCCUCCUGGUCCUCACAGUGACAGCAGGCGAGGGGGGGAUAGCUGAGAAACAAGGGAAGAAGGAGCGUAAGUCGGACUGUGGGGAAUGGCAGUGGAGUGUGUGCGUGGCCAACGAGGGUGACUGCGGCCUGGGCACCAGGGAGGGCACACGCACUGGCACCGACUGCAAGCAGACCAUCAAGACCCAGCGCUGCAAGAUCCCCUGUAACUGGAAGAAGCAGUUUGGAGGUGUGUGUGAAUGCAAGUUUGACUUCCAGGCCUGGGGAGAGUGUGACUUGGUGACAGGGAAGAAGAACCGGACUGGGGUGCUGAAACGCGCUCUCAUGGAUGCCACCUGUCCUAACACUGUGAGCGCCACCAAGCCCUGCGGCAAGAUCCCCAAGACCAAGCAAGAUGCCAAGAAGCCGAAGCGGGAUGGGAAGAAGAGGGAGCGCACUCCGAUGGACUAGUGGUGCAUCAUGGGAAUCAGGAAAUGGAAGUUGAUGCUUAUACUGCCCUAUCUCAGCAUGGUUCCUAUUUGUUUGUCCUGUAGGUUUAUAGGGGCCUGUAGCAGCUACACAACAAAGAGUUGGAUAGUAGUGAUAAAAUGUAUUUCUUUCCAAAUUUCUCAUAGGAAAAUCUUGUAGGCGAUUUCAUACUUUGCGUGAAUAAUACAAAUUAAGCAUUUCUUACUAAAAUGCUUACCUUAUAACAUUUUUCAGGGUCAUAUUGUUCAUAUUACAUAACAUCCUUUUUGUUUGAGGUGACAAAACGAUUCUCACUCAAAUAAAAAAUAAUUUCUUGCAUGUCUUGAUUUAAAGCAGCUUAAAGUUAAAACCUCAUGGGGUUUUAAAGGUUAUUUUGCUGGUACCCUCAACAGCAAAAUUGCUAACAACUUUUCUAACAGUUUUUGAGGGUGUACAUUAAUAAGAAACAUAAGUACUCAUUGAUGUAAAGGAAAUUCCUUUCCUAAUGUUAUCUACAGUGAAAGAUGUAAACUUUUGUCAACUUUUGUAUAAAUUAGCUAAUGUUCUGUACAGCUGUUAGUGUGUAAGAGCUUGUGUCCAGUAUUAGUUCUGGUUCUCCUGCUAUUAUACCUCACUUUGUAGUUCCCCCGCUCUCCAGUUGAACUCAGAAUAAAACUGUUAUUGUAGUUUACAACUGGAGUUGACCUGUCCUAAUCAUCGAUUACAUUAAAAAACAACAACUUUGAAA